CGAGUUUCAAAUUUGAAACCACCCAACACAACAAACCCAUCAAUAAUAACUUUCACAACCCCAUCAUCUCCCAGAUCUACCAAUUUCCCAUUUAUACUCUCAACAUUUUAUAUACAUGAUUAUAUGAUAUAAGAUGGAAUUUACAGAAGCAUUUAAGCAAAGUGGUACAUGUUGUUUCUCUCCGAAUUCUCGUUACCUCGCUGUUGCUGUUGAUUAUCGUCUUGUCAUUCGAGAUGUUUUGUCCUUUAAGGUUAUACAAUUAUUUUCUUGUAUGGACAAGAUUAGCUAUAUCGAAUGGGCUCUCGAUUCUGAAUACAUACUAUGUGGACUUUACAAGAAGCCGAUGAUACAAGCAUGGUCAUUGGCACAACCUGAAUGGACAUGCAAAAUUGAUGAAGGUCCAGCAGGGAUUGCUUAUGCCAGGUGGAGCCCAGACAGUCGCCAUAUACUCACUACAUCAGAGUUCCAACUCCGGCUAACCGUUUGGUCACUAUUAAAUACAGCAUGUAUCCACGUGCAAUGGCCAAAACAUUCUUCUAAAGGGGUAUCUUUCACCAAAGAUGGGAGUUUUGCUGCCAUAUGUACUAGGCGUGAUUGCAAAGAUUAUGUGAACCUAAUAUCUUGUCAAUCGUGGGAAAUAAUGGGUGUUUUUGCUGUUGAUACAUUAGAUCUUGCUGAUGUUGAAUGGUCGCCAGAUGAUACAGCAAUUGUGAUAUGGGAUUCACCUCUUGAAUAUAAGGUUCUGAUAUACUCUAUAGAUGGAAGGUGUUUAUCGAAAUAUCAAGCCUAUGAAAGUGGACUGGGUGUAAAAAGUGUUUCUUGGUCCCCAAAUGGCCAGUCUUUAGCAGUUGGUAGUUAUGAUCAGAUGUUAAGAGUUCUAAAUCACUUAACCUGGAAAGUUUUUGCAGAGUUUAUGCAUCUAUCUACUCUUAGAGCUCCAUGUUCUGCUGCCGUGUUCAAGGAGGUGGAUGAGCCCUUACAGCUUGAUAUGUCAGACUUGUCUUUAACGGAUGAUUUUACGCAACAGAAUUCUGAAUUUGGUCCACAAGGACUCGUUGAUGUUAGAUAUGAUAUCAUGGAUUUACCAAUCACCUUGCCUUUUCAAAAGCCUCCUGCUGACAAGCCAAACCCUAAGCAAGGAAUUGGCAUCAUGUCAUGGAGCAAAGACAGCCAAUAUAUCUGUACUCGCAACGACAGCAUGCCGACUGUUUUAUGGAUAUGGGACAUGAACCAUCUAGAACUUGCUGCCAUUUUGGUUCAGAAAGACCCUAUUCGAACAGCAGCCUGGGACCCAACAUGCACUAGACUCGUUUUAUGCACCGGGACCCCGCACUUAUACAUGUGGACCCCAUCUGGCGCUUACUGUGUAAAUGUUCCACUACCACAGUUCUCAGUGAUGGAUCUAAAGUGGGAUUUUGAUGGCUGUUGCCUUCUACUCAAGGAUAAAGACGUGUUUUGUUGUGCUACUGUUCCCAUGUUACCCGAUGACUCUAACAGUGAUUAUAGUUCAGAUGAUUGAGGCAAUGUUCGUAGAGUUUAGAGUUAGUUUUGUGUAUGUAAUAUUAUCAAAUAGUACCUAGAUGCUGAUAUAUAUUCUUAAGAUGUCCAAAGACACUUGUCCUAAAAUCUCGUGUGUAUUGUCAUUUUACUUAUUUGAAAAGAGAUAUGUGACAUGGAA